AUGGCUCGACCAUCUAUUGGAGCGCAGGCCUCUCGUCUUGCGCGAGAUCUUCCUCUGGGGAUAUCAUCAUCCUCCUCCACGCGGAUUCCAAAGCUGGUCUAUGGCACCGCCUGGAAGAAGGACCAGACCGCAGAUCUAGUCUAUCUGGCUCUGAAAACAGGCUUUCGGGGCAUCGACACUGCAGCCCAGCCAAAGCAUUACGAUGAACGUGGCGUUGCCACCGGUGUUCGACGGGCUAUAGGUGAAGGUAUAAUCAAACGCGAGGACCUAUUCAUUCAGACCAAAUUUACCUCGCCGGCGGGGCAGAGUGACAUUGCUCCAUACGACUUCAAUGCCCCGCUGGCUGAUAAAGUUCACCAGUCUGUGCAGUCAUCCCUCGCCAACUUUACGAUCGAUGGCCAAGAAGCAUACCUGGACAGCCUCGUGCUGCAUUCCCCCAUGGACACUAUCCAAGAGACUAUAACCGUGUGGAAGACUCUCGAAACGUACACUCCGCACAAGAUUCGCAAUCUCGGCAUAUCCAACACCACCUUUCCCGUCUUGCAGGCUUUAUUCAACGACAUGAGCGUCAAGCCAGCCGUUGUGCAGAAUCGGUUCCAUAAUAGGACUGGUUACGAGACUGAGCUUAGGGCAUUCUGUCGCGAGCAGAAGAUUGUGUUCCAAUCAUUUUGGACAAUAUCCGCCAAUAGGCAUCUUCUUCAAUGCAGCCCCGUUCGAGAGGUGGCACAAAAGGCUGGAGUGGGAGCAGUUGCGGCGUUUUACUCCAUGGUAUUGGGCCUUGAAGGAACGACCAUCUUGGAUGGAACGACAAGUGAGGAUCAUAUGAAGGAGGACUUGGAGGGAAUAGAGGCUGUGGGUGUCUGGGCAGAGGGAGAAGGGGCUUCUGAUUGGGCGUCUGCGCUCAGUAGCUUCAGGAAACUGAUUGGUGAGUCGUAG